AUGGCACCCCCCGUCCGACCAUCUCGUUCACUUGAGGGACUUGAGCGAGUAAUCCCACCACUCUCACCUCAAACCUUCUCUACUCGGUCCGAUCUCAAUAAACCUCUUCCCGCAAAACCACCUCCCGAACAGCCAGAAUGUUCGGUUAUGUGGAGUGACUCUAGCGACAGUGAAAGUAUACUCGAUAGCCCUGGAUCAAGUGAACCCCGCAGCUCAGCAGAUAGUUAUCCCAUCUUCGUCAGUUCUGGCUCCGACUUUGACGAUAUAGUCGAUCACCCAGCUCCAUCCGAUCAACUGGAAUUAUCCACACAGAAACGAACAGACUCUAUCGAUAUCAACAUACCAAUUGUCGAGCCCUCAUCAGUUUCGUCUUCAUUUUCUGACACACCGUACGGGCGUCCAUCGAAUUGGAUUCCAUCUCGCACAGGCGCAAAUCACUAUUUCCGCGAGAAGAAGUGGGAUUAUUUCCCUGAAUUGGCGCCUUCUGCUCUACAGGCUAGUGGGCGCAUCAGCCCAAAUAUGGUUGCACACAAAGCCCGCAAAAUGGGCAACCCACUCGAGUUUGCCAAGGGCAAGUGCCGCUGGCAUUCCCUCGAUCGCGGUGGUCUCGGCGGAGUUCGCAACUCAAUCAAGACUUACGUCCACCGCACUCUCUCGCGCGACUCGACAGAAAAUAAAUCGAAGGAAAUUCCCCGCCCGGCGACAGCGCCCAUGGACCACCUCAAUGAUGUAGGAGGUACACUCGCCAGUACAGCCCCCGCACCACAGCAAUAUUCCUUGGCCUUGAACACAAACGUCGCCGAGCGAGCUUCAUCCGUGGCUACAUCCUCGGGCAGUGAGUAUGACUAUACCAACCACCAGUUCCAUCUUCAAACACCCAUCUCACCAACAUCGCCUACUUCGAUCUCAACCCCCACAACACCCCGUCCGAAACAACUGGCAGUUCCGCUAUCUGCGUACCAGAAACACGGCCCUAUGAUCUGGGAAUCACCCAAGAAAUCUAAGCGGAACGUUCAGUUCCCGAGAUAUAAGUCUCCGGGCUCUGCAGAGUCAUCUUCAUCUUCAGCUCCCGACUUAUCUUAUGCAAAUGCUAUCCCUUUGUCCUCGCCGCGAAAGCAGUCCCAGCACAAUACCCGAGGGGUGUUUCUAGGUGCGAAGAAAAAGAUUGCAGACUCAAAGAACGAUCGCAGAAGGGAGCAGUUGAAGGCUCAGAUCAAGUUUGUUGGGCCUGUCAACCCGCAUACUUACACGCAGGCCGAUCCAUGGGUUUGA